UGUCAUCAGAGGCAGAGAAGCCUGAACGGAAUAAAAGAAGAAGAAGAAGAAGAACCAUAGCAACGGUUAAAACAAAGAUGGCGGUGUUGUGGUCCACUUUUCAUCUCCUCUCUUUAUUUUUCUUCUUUAUCUCCGUCACUACAAGCGAAAAUACAAUAAGCGACGACUUCAACACGACGUUUAGUGACCAGAACGUCACUUUUAACUUUACAGACAGUUUUACAACCCCGCAGCCUGCAGAGUUUCACUCAACGACCCAAACACCGAGAACCAGCACCGAGGAGCCCGCAGAGAGCAGCCUGCUGCCCGGCGAGCCGCUGCCCGUCUCCGGCCGCCUGCUGACUCCGCUCUCUAAAGUCGGCAGCUUGUGUCCCUGUGACGAGAUCCAGGAUGUGUGUGACGUGAACUGCUGCUGUGACAGAGCGUGUAGUGACGAGGUGGCUCUGUUCACCAGCUGCUCAGUGGACACCGUCAGUGGUAGAAAUCGUCUGUGUAUCCGUGAUGUGGCGUCCUACUCUCUAGUGAUCACCAUCGACGGAUUCUCAGAGCUGAGGUCGUCUGUCAGGAAGGAGACCAAUUAUGACGUCUUCUGUAUUCAGUCACAGAGCCGUGUCGAUGGAUUGUCUCAUCCUUCUCCUGCUCUUCCAACUGACACAAACUUUGACUCACUCUUUAAAAAGUUUACUAGUUUUAUCUUUGGCCCAGAGGAGAGCAGGGGUCAGGGGUCAACAGCAGAGCUCCAGGCUGCGUCUGGAUACCAGUACGGGGACGUGGUGGUGACAGCAGGACACGGAGGAGACAGAGGGACGUUCUGGCUGCCGGCUGCUGGUCUCACUGCUGACUGUGUGGACAACAGUCCUGCAGCGUUCCUGAAGGAUCAGAGCAGCCGGUGUUCCCGGCGUGUUCUCCUGGAUCAGGACUGCAGCGCUCUGCCGGCUCUCAGCUCAGAAACCUACACUAACAUCCAGGUCUUUGCUGGGAAGAACAAGGAUGCAGAAGUUGUUCCUGUGGAGGUGGACUCAGUGGUCCUGCAGGCUGUAGACGGGACUCAGACAGAGCUGAAGAUCAGCGGAGGAGAGAAGUUUAAACCGGUCCUCCUGGAGCCAGGACUCUGUUCUAAUGUGGUGCUGAAGGUCUCCUAUGUGGUGAAGUACAGCCCAGCUGGUGAGAUGGUGAACGUGUCCGUGUCUCUGGUGCUUGGGUUUGUCCGAGAAGCGGUUCUGUCCCUGGAGCAGGAGUUUCACAUCACUUUUUUCCAGGAGGAUGAGGAGGAGGUGGCCGUCCACUACAGUGGAAAUCCAGGUUAUGUGGCGGGACUUCCUCUUGUGUCUGGAACAAGAACAGAAGAGGGGAUAGCUCGGAGCGUCGACCCCGGAGACACGCUGUCUGUCCUCCACAGUGCUGAGGACCAGGACUGUCUGCAGGGACCCCACCGCCGCUCCCCCCUCCUGUUUGGUCUGGACUCUGUGUCCGGCUGCACGUUAAGACUGCAGGAUGCUGCCAACUGCUCCCUGGUCUCUCAGGUGCUGUUGGAUGUUCUGAGAGGACCAAACUAUGUUCAGUAUGUGGCUUCUUUUGGAAACUCCCCGUUAGACAAUCCACUGGACUGGGUGCCGAUCACACGCAACUUCAAUCCUGAGGACGCCCAGAGUUGCAGCAUCCCGUUGUCUCUUCAUUUAGAAGUUGAAUGGACCAAAUAUGGAUCCUUGGUGAACCCCCAAGCUCAGAUAGUGAGGAUCAAAGAAGUGAUCCAAACCAACACCACCAGUUUGGACAUGUUGUCUGGAGGCAGCAGCGUCCUGCCGAUCAGCACCUCCGUGGCCUUUAUACCAGUUUCUGCUGCUGCUCUGCCUGGUUACAGAGCAACACCCACCAUCAACGCCAGACUGCCCUUUGACUUCUUCUUCCCUUUUGUCUAAACUGUCUGUGUGGACUCCCUUCUAUUUGUCUUUUGGAGUUUUGGAGUCUAUGGGAGUUGUUUGGACCAAAGGGAAUAGGAGUCUUUUUGUGAGAACUGCUCUUAUUCCCUUUUGUUUGAAUAGUCCAUAAGAACUCUUUCUCCUUUUCGUCCAAAGUCAACUGUCCAUGUUAAGUUCCCUUUUGUCCUACCUGUCCAUGUGGACUCUUCCUCCGUUUGUCCUACCUGUCCAUUUGGA